GACUUCCAGAUUAACCCAAGCGCACCCCCUCCCGACUCUGCGCGGGAAGAGAGCCGCGGGGUCCUGGGAAGCCCGAGCAGCACAAGCCUCUGCUUCGGCGGCUCCCAGCCCGCAGCCCGCUUGCGAGAAGCCGGGGCAGGGCCGAGGUGGACGAGAGAGGCGCCGCUGCCGCUGAGGCCCUUCCCCGCUCGCCGCGCCCCCCGCCACUUGGCCCGCUGGCCAUGGCCGACGGCGGCGGCACAGGCAGCUCGGGCUCCUGGUGGAGUUCGUUAAAGAACAGCAGGAAGAAAAGCAAGGACGCCGCGGGGGGUGCGAAGCCUCCCGCCCAGCCUGACCCCGGGGAACCCGCGGCGCCCGCCCCGCCUGGCCCCGACUGGACUAGCAGUACCCGGGAGAAUCAGCAUCCCAAUUUCCUCGGGGGCGCCGGCGAGCCCCACAAGCCAGACAAGUUGGGCGGGGAGAAAUCGGGCAACAGCCGCCGAAAUCUGAAGAUCUCGCGCUCGGGCCGCUUUAAGGAGAAGAGGAAAGUGCGCGCCACUCUGCUCCCCGAGGGAGUCAGGUCCUCGGAGGAGGCGAGCUUCUCUGGUGACCCGCACGAGGACAAGCAGUAGCCCGAGCGCUCCAGGACUCUCUUCGCACCACGCCUCCCCAACCCCCAGGUCUAAACCCGAGAAUUCUGCCCCGCCCCUGUUCUUGGAGUCUCAUCCCACCAAAUUCAGAAUAUUCGCACAAGGCCUCCAGAGUUUAUUUUCCUGGAAAUUGACGUGACAAAACAACGUGUUCCGUAUAUCACGACUCAAGGAUGCAUUAAAUAUUUAUUCGUGGUAAGAGAAGAUACCGCAGAGGAAGAUGGCACAAUUUUUUUCAAAAAACUUCAGUGGCCUCCUUUGCGUCGCCCGUGGGAGUGAGAAGGGUACUUUUGUAAGAGACCUUAGCUCAACUGGAAUUGCGCAGCCCUCCACUGAGAAAGGCAUGCUCUGAUUCCGAACUUGCUAUUGGAAAGCAAAUCACAGUGCUAUCUUUAAUGCCUGAGAAAUGCACUUUAGGAGUACUUCUGUAGACACACCUUAAGUGAAGGGAUGGGAGAGAGCAGGAAGCAUUCUUAAG